ACUAUCCCGGUAGUAUCAGAUAGUUAUCUGUACCCCUAGCACGAACCAAUAUCGAAUUCGUAUCGUUUGCGAGUCUGAAAUGUCAUUGUCAAAUGUGUACUGAUUUUUAGUUCUCGUUACGUACUUUGUGCCGCUGCUGUUCAAGUUUCCAUACAAAAUUUGACAUUGACAUUUCGGUUUGCAAACUAUUAGAAUUCGAUAAUGGUUCGUGCUAGGGGUACUGUACCCUUAGCAAGAAUCAAUAUCGAAUUCAUAUCGUUUGCAAGUCCGCAAUGUUAUUAUCAAAUAUGUACUGAUUUUUAAUUCUUGUUACGUACGUUAUGGCGCUACUGUUCAAGUUUCCAUACAAAAUUUGACAUUGACAUUUCGCACUCGCAAACUAUUCAAAUUCGAUAAUGGUUCGUGCUAGGGGUACUAAUGUAUGUGAGAAAGAUUCAAAAGAUAAAGGUUGUUGAAAUGACUUCCUGAUUAGGGCAACUUGUUUUGUUCAAGACCCGUGUAACCUUACGUCAUUGGUGAUUAACUUAGCUUAAAAGAUAAAAUUUCCCUUGAUUAGGUAGGUUAUCUGAAUGUAAAUGAUACGUAAACAUUUUGGUAAAUACCAGUACCUACACGGCUUACAAAAUCAUGAACGAUUCAUUAAGUAAUCAAUGAUGGAUAGUUGGUAUCUGAAUGAAACAUUUCAAUUCAGCAAGUUUCUGGUCUGUUUUUAAAUACCAGAUUUAUAUAUAAAAACGCAUCCCUAUUGCCGCGUCACGUUAUAAUUUGAGAAAGUCAUUGGUGAUUUCAUCCUUUUUUUUUAAGUUUCCAAUUUGUGAAGGUGCAUAAAAAAAAGAUGAGUCUGCUUAUGACCACACGACUGAAGUGAAACUUCUUUAGCUCCCUCAAUCCUAUGACAAAGACUCAAACUACGCAUUCUGCACCCAAUGUAGUAAGCAAUUUUUUUGUUUGCAUGAUUAAUAACAUAUUGAAAAUAAGAUCUCACGCCUCAGGUGAGGCUAUAUUUACCGAGACGGAUUUUACGUGCUGACCCGUUAUCUAUAGUAUUGUUGAUCGAAGGUGUUGCGUUUCUGUUGGUGACCAUGUGUUUUGGGGCUUCAGGCGGUGGGAGAUUGGGAUCAGUAAGAAUACCGACUCGCCCUCGGCGGCCAUUUUGCAAGUUAACGUCGCCAUAGGUUGCGGAGCCGAGUUUGUUGCGGGUUCUAUUCUGUAAAAAUAAUGUCUACGACACAAUAAGUUUUGAGGUGGAUAUUACAUCAGUGAGGCAGGAGAACCAAGCAUUACACUGCACAACCUGUAAUGAUACCACAGAACAUAAAUACAAGGGCUCGCUUAUAGUCGAUUCUGAAAUUAUUUAUCAGAGAGGCAGUAUUGUAACGUACCUAAUGCUAAAAAUCCAAUCUAAAAUGUUGUAAUACAUUAAUGGAGCAAAUACAUUAUAAAAUAAAUAAAUAUUUUCAACACUCACGCCUAGCCCCAAAGUAAGCACUGUAAGGCUCGUGUUGUGGGAUACUAGGGUAACGGAUAGAAUACAUAUAUAAGUAUAUUUAUAUAGAAUUACAUAUUUAACAUCCAUGACUGGAGUACAAAUGCUCCUAUUCAUCAUACAAACAUCGGCCCCUACCGGGAUUCGAACCCGGGACCUGUCGAGUCGGCAACGCCAUGAAACCCGGUGUACAAACCAUUCGGCCACGGAGGUAGUCAAAAAAAUCUGCUUUUCAUAUACUGUUUCUGCAUUCAUUAACAAUAAAUAACAUCCUUAGUCCGGCCGCGACACGUGUGUGUCGUCGUGUUUACUGGUAGCUUGAUUUUAGUUCCGCUACUCGCCGUGUUGGCGCUGUUGGCAGUCUGCACCACCGGCACCACCCCCCGCUUCCUCUAUCAGUGAUUUUAAUUUAUUUCUUAGAGUAAACGCGAUAGAACAUCUCCUUUUUUUUAGCAAUGUAAUCAUGGAUACAGUACAUAGGUACAGGCAAAUGUUCCUGGUGUAGGGACACCUAGACCCGUACAUAUUUUAUUUCAAUACAAAAACAUAGCAUAUUACCCUACCUAACCAUAGGUUAGGUGUAAAUGGAGUCAAGUCGAGAAGAUAGAUGAUGGGACAGUGAAAUGUACCGCUUCAAUCUUCUUUAAUUCUCCGUGCUGAAUCCAAUUCCGGAGACCUGGAAUGAACCAUCUUCACUGACAAAAACCUUGGAUAUGGACAAUUUUCAUGAUUUACGUACUUAAAUAUAUGUACUUAUUAAUUAGCAGUUUUUUAGGACAGAUACCUUAUCUAUGGUAUCACACUUUACAUGUAUAAAUUAAAUAAUUUCAAUAAUUGCUUGCUGUAAUUGUUUUCGUGAUGUGGCGUGAAGUUGUGUUUUUGGUGGCGUUGGCCGGUGCAUCGGCUUUGGCUGAUGAUCCCCUUACCUUCCCAGAAUUAGCACGAGGAAGAGCCAAUACUCGCAUCGUGUCGGGAUGGGAGGCUAAGGAGGGCCAGUUGCCGCACCAGCUGUCGCUGAGGAUGGUCAGCGCCCAGGGGCAGGUGUUCAGUUGCGGCGCCUCCAUCAUUCACAACGAAUGGGCGCUCACGGCUGCUCACUGCACCGCACAGCGUGUUACGAUCAUCAUCCGAGCCGGCACUGUGAACAUGACACGGCCAGGAACCAUUUUCGAGACCACGGAAUACAUGAACCAUCCUCUGUACGACGAAUCGCAGGCCGGCAGAGUCCAGCCGAACGAUGUAGGCCUUAUCAAGUUUAACAGGCGGCUUGAAUUCAACGAACGUAUCCAACCAAUCAGGAUCCAGCGUUCUGUUGAUAAAGACAAUGAUUACGACGGAGAUCGGAUGACGGCCAGCGGUUGGGGUCGUGUAUGGACCAAUGGCGCUGCCCCCGAAAACUUGAACUGGGUGUUCCUUCGCGGAGUCACCAACUUUUUCUGCUGGUGGUCCUUCGGAGGCAGUUCGAUCAUUCAGCCAUCGACAAUCUGUGCGAGCGGUUACAAUGACACUACGCAGUCCACAUGCCAGGGCGACAGCGGUGGCCCACUGACUGUGAUCGACGCAGAUGGCAAGCCAACCCUGGUCGGUGUGACCUCCUUCGUCUCCGCUAUGGGUUGCCAUGCUGACUUGCCCGCUGGAUUCUGCCGUGGAGGGUACUAUCAUGACUGGUAUCAGGAGGUGACGGGCAUCAAUUUCGACUGGGACUUUGACGAACCGACCGAAAAACCCGAGGAACCUGAAAGUCCCGAAGAACCAGAAGGAACUGAAGACCCAGAAGAAACACAUCCAACUGAGGGCCCCGGAGAGGCGACACCAAAUUUUGCUUACUAAUAUCAGUAAAUUUACGGUAGACCAAAUUCUACACCUAAAUUUAUUUAUAAGCCAGAUAAUAAUGGUUGUGUAAAAUAUAAAUCAAAUUGAACUAGAAAAAUUGCGACUUUUAAUUUUUCAAUUACAAUAAGGAUGACCUGCCACAAAACAUCAGUUUAAUUAUGGAAAUAUUCAUAGUAACUCGUAGACGGUAUGUAUAGUUACAAGUAUUUGUUUAGCUU